AUGGCAGACCAAGCAAGAAAUGCGAAAGAACAAGCGAUGUCCUUGGCGUCUUCCGCGAAAGAAGGAGCGUAUGACACCGGACUCUCGGCCAAGGAGAGUACCAGCUCCGCAACAGAACAGGCUGGCGACUAUUUUUCCAGUGCGGGAAUGAAAAUCGGUGACGCGACAAGCAACGCCAUGGAAACUGUGAAGGACUACGCCCAUAGCGCCGGAGAAAAGAUCGGCGAGACCGCCUCCAACAUCGCUGAGGGUGCUUCUAACACCGGCAAAUCUGCGGUGGAAAUGGCGAGAGAUGCCGCAAGAGCUACUGGGCAGAAAGCCAGUGAUGCGACGAGGGCCACUAAAGACGCGGCUUCACAUGCAGGGCAGAAGAUCAAAGAUACGGCUUCUUAA